CACAGGCACACGGAGUCUUAAAACAGCUGCUGCCAGCUGAUGAAACAGGUGGACUGUAUGUCUUGAUGCUGCUGUCCUUCUUCCCGCUGUACUGCUGGUUCCGUGAAGGAGAGAGCAGUGAGGAAGAUUUUCAAAUUUCCUUUGUUUGCCAUCGACCUGAAGGUCUGGAAACACUAGAGGAACAGACCAAAUUCAGCAAGAAAGAGCUGCAGUUCCUCUACAGGGCCUUCAAAAAUGAAUGUCCCAGUGGAGUGGUGGAUGAGGACGUGUUUAAACUCAUUUACUCCCAGUUCUUCCCACAAGGAGAUUCAAGCAAUUAUGCACAUUUCCUAUUCGAGGCAUUUGACACUAACAAGAAUGGCUGUUUGAGUUUUCAGGAGUUUGUUGCUGGACUGUCACUCAUCCUUAGGGGCUCAAUGUAUGACCGGCUGAACUGGGCAUUUAAUUUCUAUGACCAUGAUAAAGAUGGAUUCAUCACAAAAGAGGAGAUGUUGAACAUCAUGAAGUCGAUUUAUGAUAUGAUGGGGAAGUACGUGUCUCCACCCAUUCAGGACGAUAUUCCCAGAGAACAUGUGGAACGCUUCUUUCAGAAAAUGGACAGAAACCGUGAUGGAGUGGUCACCAUUGAGGAGUUCAUUGAGUCAUGUCAGAAGGAUGAGAAUAUCAUGCGGUCAAUGCGGCUGUUUGACAGUGUCUUUUAGGACGUUUCUGCCCGGCUGUGGAUUUCAGAACCACAUUCUUCUCUCUCCAUCAAGUUAUACAUUUCCCAUAUAUAAAUUUCUUUUUUCUUAGAGAGACAAACUUCCUAGACAAACUUCAUUUGUGUGAACAUCUUCCAUGAAGACAGAGCCACUAAAGUUUUAAAGAGCAGCGAUAUAUAAUACUGCUUAUAUUGAAAUUUUAGUCUUAAUGAAGUUAUUUUCUAUGUAUUCCUACAAAAAUGGUUCUUCAUACACAUUCACAAACGCUCAAUGUAUCAUCUCCUAAAUGAUUUAAGACAGAUGGAGGAGUGUCCAAACCUGUGAAAUGGCUCUGUAAUGUACAGAAGAAACAAAAGAAUGAAUGAAUGGAUAUAUUAAAAUUACAUGAAUUUG